GAUAUUGUUUCAAUUGGUAUAACAAACCAAAGAGAAACAACUAUAAUUUGGGAUCGGGCAACCGGUAAACCAUUGCAUAAUGCCAUUAUUUGGUUAGAUAAUCGCACUUCAAGUACUGUUGAUGAACUGGUUGAGACUAUACCAAACAAGUCGCGAAAUAUUAAUUACUUGAAACCACUAUGUGGACUACCUAUUUCACCAUAUUUCUCGGCCUUGAAAAUGCGCUGGAUGCGGGAUCAUGUUGGUGAAGUUCAGAAAGCUAUGGAUGCAAAUACCUGUCAAGUUGGAACUAUUGAUACAUGGUUAAUUUAUAAGUUGACGGGGGGACCUGAUGGCGGAGUCCACCUAACUGAUGUAACAAAUGCAUCGCGAACUAUGCUAAUGAACAUCGAGACUUUGAGAUGGGAUCCUCAUCUGCUACGUUUCUUUGGGUUGCCCGCUUCAAUGUUACCACAAAUUCGUUCGAGUGCGGAGAGGUACGGUGAUGUAGUUGUGGGUGCUUUGAAAGGUGUUCCAAUCGCAUCGUGUUUGGGAGAUCAACAGGCUGCCCUUGUAGGCCAGCAAUGUUUGAGUCAUGGACUUGCGAAGUCUACAUACGGUACAGGCUGUUUUCUUCUCUAUAAUACGGGAACAUCAAUUGUGCAGUCCAAGCACGGGUUACUUACAACGGUUGGUUAUCAACUAGGUCCGCGUGCACCGGUAAUGUAUGCUUUAGAAGGUAGUGUAGCAAUUGCUGGAGCAGCUAUAAAUUGGAUGAAGAACAACUUGGAACUAUUCGAUUCGGUCAGUCAAGUCGAAGAUAUGGCGGGCAAAGUUGAAGACUCUUUAGACGUUUAUUUUGUUCCUGCGUUCAGUGGGCUUUAUGCCCCAUAUUGGAACCAAGAAGCUCGUGGCGCAAUAUGUGGCCUCAGUGAAGAAACAACUAGCGAACAUAUCGUGCGUGCCACUCUGGAAGCCAUCUGCUUCCAAGUUAGAGAUAUUUUGGAAUCCAUGCGCAAAGACUGCGGUAUUCCUAUGACAAAAUUAAUGGUUGAUGGCGGUAUGACCGCAAAUAAUCUAUUCCUGCAGCUGCAAGCUGAUUUGGUGGGCAUCAAUGUCGUCCGUGCUAAGAUGCAGGAGACGACCGCAUUGGGUGCAGCACUGGCUGCAUAUAUGGUGGUAGAGCCAAGUUAUGACAUCACAGCACCUCUCGUCGGCAGUUCGGGUCAAUUGAGCACUUUUAAGCCGACCAUUGGAAAUCAUGAAAGAAAUAUGCGUUAUAACAAGUGGAAGAUGGCUGUAGAGCGUUGCAUGAAUUGGGAUACGUCUACGCUGACAGAAUCUUCAAAGCUGGACUUCUAAUAAUAAAAAUUUGGCUUGUAAACCAAUCGUUAUAAUUAGCUAAAGAAAAUAAACCCUUAUGUAAAUAGAAAACGUAUAU